AUGCAGCAGUGGAAUAGAACAUGUGCAACGGGCUGGGUUGCUCACAACAGCACGUGCUACCAAUUUAAUGCCAACCUCCAGCUAUCCUGGUAUGAUGCUGCCACCUAUUGUAGAUCGCAGGGAGCAGAAAUGGUUACUAUACAGAGUAAAAGAACGCAGAACUUCAUCGAAGAUAAAGUUCGGGAUAUGGGAUUCCAGACGGAGAUUUGGCUUGGGGGCUCGGAUAUUGAUCUUAAUCCCAAAGAAUUGCACUGGGCUGAUGGGACGAAGAUAACGGAAGCGUACUCUAACUGGGAACCGGCACAACCGAAGAAGAGCUCUAAAUCUCUGUGUGUACAGAUGCGGGCAGAUGAUAGAAAGUGGACCACCAGCGAGCACUGUCUGCACGAACAGCAAUUUAUUUGCCAGGUUUCAGAUGACAGAGUUGUCUUUCCACCAACGGUUCUCCCAGGUUAG